UCCACCAUCAUCAUUCGGACUCGUUAACCUGUUCUUUUGGGUCAAGAGCUAUGUCGCAUAAUUACAAUUGUGAAAGAAAUGAAAAUGAAAUUCGUUCAAAUCACUGUCACGUUAUCGUUUUUAAUAUCCAGUUGCUGGGCUUUAAACAGAACUUGGUGGAAGCACGAUCUCACCUAUGGUAUCUACCUGAAAUCGUUCAUGGAUAGCAAUGGAGAUGGAAUUGGAGAUUUCAAAGGAUUGAUUUCCAAACUGGAUUACAUUGCCGGUCUUGGAAUAAAAACUAUCUGGAUGUCACCGUUCAACCCUUCGCCGCAGGCUGAUGGAGGCUACGAUAUAUCUGAUUUUUGUGGAAUCAAUCCCAUCUAUGGUACAAUGGAAGAUUUCGAAGAAUUCAUGAAAGAAAUGAAAAAACGAGAUCUCAACUUCGUCAUGGAUUUAGUGCUUAAUCACAGCAGCGAUGAGCACGAAUGGUUCGAAAAAUCUGUAAAUAGAGUGGAGCCAUAUACGGACUACUAUGUAUGGGCUGAUCCGAAAGGGUACGAUAGCGAAGGAAAUCCUAUUCCACCAAAUAAUUGGAAAAGUAUAAUGGACUUCAUAACUCCCAGUUCAGGAUGGACUUGGAAUGAAAAAAGGCAUCAAUUCUAUUUUCAUCAGUUUCUAGCGAAACAGCCAGACUUCAAUCUACGUAAUGAACAACUUAAAACUGAACUCAAAAACAUGAUGAAAUUUUGGCUGGACAAAGGCGUCGCUGCUUUUCGAUUAGAUGCUGUAGAAUGCCUAAUGGAAGAUCCCUUACAUCGAGAUGACAUCGACACAGAAUCUUUCAUAAAAGCAAUAUGUGCAGAGUCCGAAAUGGAAACUCCUCGACUCCAUCAUCCGGAUACUUUCAAGUUCUUGCAUGAAUUACGCAUGUUUUUAAGACAGUACGAUCGUGAAAAUAAGAAACAACGUGAAACAGCCCUAUUCGGUGAAAUUUACACUACGGUUAACAUCAAAAUGAGAUACUACGGAACGAAGAGCGCCCCACAGACGCAUUAUCCUUACAAUUAUCUAUUGACCGUGCUCAGGAAGUAUUUAGAUGCCGAACAGAUGAUCGAAUAUUUGAACCAAUGGAUUAAAAAAUUACCCAAAGGAGCAACCUCGAAUUGGGCGUUGGGAAACCACGACCAAGGACGAAUUUUCUACUGGUUCAACAAGGAAUAUAAUUCAAUUUUAUUGUCUCUUGUUACAAUGCUACCUGGAGCUGCUUUAAUUUGGUACGGGGAAGAGACCAGUCAAGAACUGUUCGAUUUUUCACCCGACCCCAACAAGAAUCUGUAUGUUGAAAGGGAUCAUUUUCGUUUACCUAUGCAAUGGGACGAUUCCUUGAAUGCAGGUUUUACUUCCGGAGACAAACCAUGGGUUCCAGUACAUCCCAGUUAUUAUAGGUCGAACGUCAAAGAACAAUUGGCCAAUAAGAACAGUACACUGUACUACUUCAAAGAUCUAAUUUCCCUUCGAAAAACUGAAACCCUGAAAUUUGGCGAUUUGAAAAUGUACGCGAUAUCAAAAUGGGUGCUGGCAUUUACAAGAACUUUUGGUCAAUCAAAAUACGUUAUUGUAUUGAAUCUUGGCACCGAACCUCAUACAGCCAAUUUACACGCUGAAAUCGCUAAUUUACCAACAAGUCUGGAGGUGGUAGCUGCAAGUCCCAAUUCUGGAUUUACCAAAGGAGAAAAAUUCAAUACGAUUUUAGAUCAUCGAAACUUAUCGAUGCUGAGACCACAUUCCAGCAUAGUGCUGUCAACAUGAGAAUCGCGGAAAAUAUUGCUUCUUAAUGGCGAAAUGUCGAUGAUGCUGACACUCAACAUCAGUCCGCAUGAAUAACUUAUAAAGAAGCUCGACCAAUCAUAAAUUUAAACCAAUAAAUUGCGCUUAAUUAUCUUUUAUAAUUAUGUAGAUAAUUUAAUAAAGUUGGAAUUAUGAUACUCAA